GAGAGGUGAAAAGAGGUUACAUCUUUGCAGACACUUCAAACUGGUUGAAACCGCAGGUAGAAACUAGAAACGCUAUUUUUGACAACCAGGGAUUUAUCUCUUCAUUUAACUUUGAAAACAGCUGUUCAGUGAAAAGGUUUUCUAAAAGAAGUCAGAUCCAGGUGACAGCAGAAUCAUGUUGGAAGAUCUUUUCCAGUUUUCCAUUUCAGUCUACUUGUCGGUGGCGAUUAUGGGCCUGCUGCUUCUCCACCUUUGUUACUCCAGCUUCAGCUCCCAGAACAAGAAGUUGGAGCCUCCAGGGCCUACACCUCUUCCCCUGCUUGGUAACCUGCUUCAGGUGGAUCUCAAAAGACUCGACCGCUCUCUUGUUGAUCUGUCUAAACAAUAUGGACCAGUGUUUAGAGUCUACUUUGGAAUGAAGAAGGUGGUGGUCCUGGCAGGAUACAAGACAGUCAGACAGGCUCUGGUCAACCAUGCUGAGGAAUUUGGAGAUCGAGAGGUCACUCCAAUAUUCUAUGAUUUCACAAAAGGAAACGGCAUAAUAUUUUCCAAUGGCGACUCUUGGAAAGAAAUGAGGCGUUUUGCUCUAAGUACACUGAGAGAUUUUGGGAUGGGCAGAAGGAUUAGUGAAGGUAAAAUCAUAGAGGAAUGUGGCUACCUGAGUGAAGAAUUUGAACAACGGGAAGGUAAAGCCUUCGACAACGCCCAGACUAUUAAUUAUGCAGCUUCAAAUAUCAUAUCAGCUCUCAUGUUUGGAAAGAGGUUUGACUACAAGGAUCCUAAAUUCGACUCUUUGGUGGAAAGCGAACACGAGUCCAUCCGUCUGACCGGAACAGCAUCCAUCCUGAUAUACAACACGUUUCCUUGGCUGGGCCCUUAUCUUAAAAACUGGAGGGAUUUGAUGAAACACGUGGAGGCCAACAGGCAAGAAACAAGGAACAUAAUAGCGGACCUGAAGGAGACUUUGAACCCUGAGAUGUGCAGAUGCUUUGUUGAUGCAUUCCUGACCCAUAAACUAAACCUGGAGGAGUCUGAAAUAAAAGAUUCACACUAUCAUGAUGACAACCUGGUCUACAGCGUGAGAAAUCUGUUUGGAGCUGGGACUGAUACUACAGGAAAUACACUUCAGUGGGGUCUACUUUUCAUGGCCAAGUACCCUCAUUUUCAAGAACAGGUCCAAGAGGAGCUGAGCAGGGUGGUUGGAAGCCGUCAGGUCCGAGUAGAUGACCGUAAGAACCUGCCGUACACUGAUGCUGUCAUCCACGAGACACAGAGACUGGCCAACAUUGCCCCCUUGGCCCUUCCUCACAAAACCAGCCGAGACGUCACAUUCCAGGGUUACUUUAUCAAAAAGGGGACUACUGUGUUUCCUCUUCUUACUUCUGUCCUGCAUGAUGAGAGUGAAUGGGAAACCCCAUACACUUUCAACCCUUCCCACUUCCUGGAUAUGGAGGGUAAAUUUAUCAGGAGAGACGCCUUCAUGCCCUUUUCUGCAGGUCGCAGGGUGUGUCUGGGGGAAAGUCUGGCCAGAAUGGAGCUUUUCCUCUUCUUCACCUCCCUCCUCCAGCGCUUUCAUUUCACUCCUCCACCUGGAGUUACAGAGGAUGAAUUGGAUCUGACACCAGUUGUGGGCUUCACCCUCACUCCUUCACCUCAUGAGCUGUGUGCUGUUAGUCGCCAAUGAGGAAGAGAGCUGGAACUUGAUUUUUUCUAGUUUUCAUGUCACUGCAUUCAAUCAUAUGAUUUUUUUUCAUCCUUUCUAAAAACGUUUUCCUUAAUUUAUUUCACCUGUUGGGCAACACCAGGGCUGCCAUCUCCAAUUUAUCCAUCUUCUUCUGACUCUGCAGUCCGCCCUCUUGUGCUCUCACUGCGGCACUAUAUGCUACUCUUUUUCAACAAAUCUUUAUUUGAUAAUGGAGCAGAAUUUACACAUAAAAAUCAUUACCAUGUCAGUCCCCCCUUCCCCUCAUCAUACCUCCCUGAAAUUUGCUGAUAUUUAGUCUCAUACUUGUAUUUUGGAUUUUUACUUUAAUGUUCAAAAAACACAUUAUUUUUGUCAAACUGUCUGAUACCUGUGUUCACCCUCUGUCUGAAAUGAUCCACCUGUUUCUGUAACACUGGUCUGCUCUUAUAGGCUUUUUAAGAAAACUUGUUAAGGUAUUUAUCGAGCUUUUGAUGGAAUAAUCUGAUGAUGACACAGGAAAAGGGGUCAACUCGGACCAAAAAUAUUUGAUGUGAAACUCAGAAUGAUGUGUAAUUUUCCUCUUUUUCAAGUUCAGUUGUAGCAGUUCUGGUUAAAGAUUAAAAUGCUGCUCUUACAUUUCACUCCUCCAGUGCAGGUCAUGAGAUGAACUCAUGAACUCAUCUUUAUGGAAAGUUUAUUUACAAUAUUGACUAUCGUGCUUUGGAUCAUAUCAUCUCUUUAUUUAUUUUUAUCAGUUAGCAUACAGGUAGUAAAACUGUUCGUAAUGCUCGUCCCAGUGAUAGAAAAUGAAUAGAUACAAAAUAAACAAGUAGUGUGAGAAAA